UGAACAUGUCCGGCGUGUCUUCAGCCCAGAAUCUCAGAGAGUUCAUCAGCGAGCGGCUGACUGCCGCCGCGGAGGAAAUCUUCUCGGUCUUCCAGAGAACCAUCGCCCAGUACGAGGAAGAGCUGGACCGCCAGCGCAGACUGCUGGACGGCGGCUGGAGACCGGACAGCGGCUUCCAGAGAGCAGAUUUCCCUCGGUGUUGUGUCAGGACGAAGCAGAUUCCUGCUGAGCUGCAGCUCCAGAACCAGCAGGACUCCAGUUUGGACCAUCCACAGAUCAAAGAGGAACAGGAGGAUGUGUGGAGCACUCCGGAGGACGGACAGGUGGUCCUGAAGCAGGAGACCGACGUCCUGAUGGUGGCGCCGUCGCUCCAGGAAGGAAACUUCAGCGAACCAGAAUCAGAACGGAUCCAACAGGAGAGACCGGAUCGGGAUAGAGGCUGGACCGACGAAUCUGGGCUGGACAGAGACACGGAGAUGAAGGACAGCCGGGACAGGAUGCUGAUGGACAACUGUCCCCUGUUGAAAAGUAAGAGAGACCGAAGAGACGGAAAAACCUCAGAGAACUCAGGAAGCACGACUCGCUUCAGAAUCCACACAGACUUUCCAAAGCAUUUUCUCCGGAAGGAGGCAAAUAUUUCCGUUGGCCAGGCGGGGAACUCCAGUCUGGACCAGGAGCAACUUGAAGAUCCUGAGAUUAAAGAGGAGCAGGAAGACGUCUGCGUUCGUGAUGAAGAUGAACUGGUGGUGAAGCAGGAGGUGGAUAGCUUCCUAGUGACAUCUGAUUAUGAGGAAACUGACCACAGUGAGUCAGAACCAAACCAGAACGCCUCCCAUGCAGCUGAGAGGCAGAAACAGGAAGGAAACUGGGACAAAGACUCGGGAUCCAGCCAGAAUCGGACAAGUCAAAGUAACGCAGCGGACGGUCUCCCUCCAUUCGAUAGUGUCUGUAAUUCUGACUCCGGUAAUAAAUCUACAAAAUGUUCUGUCUGUGGGAAAACCUUCAGCAGCAACUUCAAAAUGCGGAAACAUUACAGAAUCCACACGGGAGAGAAACCGUAUUCCUGUAAGAUCUGCAGGAAAGCUUUCCGGGAGAGCAAAUACCUGUCGGUCCACAUGAGAACUCACACUGGGGAGAAGCCAUAUUCAUGUGAAACCUGUGGGAAAAGCUUCAGUCAGAACAGCCAUUUGAGUUCCCACAAGAGAACCCACACAGGGGAGAAGCCGCACCCCUGCAGCACCUGUGGGAGGAGGUUUGCUGAAGCAUCGGCGCUCAGAAACCACAUGCUCACACACACCGGAGAAAAACCUUUUUCCUGCCAUAUUUGUGGGAAAAUCCUACGGUACAGCAGCAGCUUGUCAGCUCACAUGAAGAUCCACACGGGAGAGAAGCCUUUUGUAUGCAAGACCUGCGGGAAAUGCUUCAGCCAUAACAGCAGCCUGAUUUCCCACGUGAGGAUCCACACUGGAGAGAAGUCGUACCAGUGCACGACAUGCGGCCGCUGCUUCAGCCACAGCACCACGCUGCUGCGCCACACCCGCAGCCACACCGGGGAGCGCCCGUACUCCUGCGCCACCUGUGGGAAGUGUUUCAACAGCAGCAGCCACCUGAGCGUCCACAUGACCACCCACACCCGGGAGAAGCUGUACUCCUGCACUAUGUGCAGCAAGCGCUUCAGCCAUGGCAGCAACCUGGUGCGCCACAUGCGGACGCACACCGGCGAGCGGCCCUACUCCUGCCAGGCCUGCAGCAAGCGCUUCAAAAGCAGCACUCACCUGUCGCGACACAUGAAGACUCACAGGAAGGGUUGCAGUCCGGAGGUGGAGAUAGUCCUGGAGGACGGCGGCGCUCCGGCCGCUCAGACCCAGAAUCUCAGAGAGUUCAUCAGCGAGCGGCUGACUGCCGCCGCGGAGGAAAUCUUCUCGGUCUUCCAGAGAACCAUCGCCCAGUACGAGGAAGAGCUGGACCGCCAGCGCAGACUGCUGGACGGCGGCUGGAGACCGGAGGUUCGGCUGGACCGGACAGAAUUUCCUGUUCAGUUCCUGAGGAAAGAGGAAGAGGAAGUCCAGCAGCUCUGGAAGUCCAGUUCUGACCGGGAGGAACCAGAACCUUCCCGGGUCAAAGAGGAAGAUGAUGCUCUCUGCUUCGUCCGUGAUGAAGACCCACCGGUUCUGAAGCCGGAUGCUGAUAUCGCCAUGGUAACAUCUGCUGAUAGCGAGCCAGAACCCAGCAGGGACCGGAGCGUGUCCGAGUCGGAGACCCGAUACCCGGCGGGAAGCUGGAGCGAUGACUCGGACUCGGCCAGAGAUCGGACCGGGUUCUGGGGCAGCAGGCAGGAAGGUCAGGAACCAGACGCUCUGACUCCAAACAGCGGCCUGCUCGGCGCUGCUGCCGCUGGGGUCAGAGGUCAGGACGGAAGCUGGAUCAAGAAGGAGCUGGAGCCAAAGAGGAGACGGGUCAGGAAGAGGAGCAGCGGUUCCGGCCUGGUUCCGGGUGGACUGGGGCUGCGGCCCGUUUCCUGCGAUGUCUGUGGUAAAGCCUUCAGGUGCAACUCGGAGAUGCGAGUCCACUUGCGCGUUCACACGGGUGAGAAACCGUUCUCCUGCGACGUCUGCCAGAGGGCGUUCAGCUUCAAGGUCAACCUGUCUGUCCACAUGCGGACGCACACGGGAGAGAAACCGUACGCCUGUCAGUUCUGCGAGAAACGCUUCUCGGAUCAUUCAUCGCUCCGGAAGCACACCAACGUUCACACAGGAGAGAGGCCGUACUCCUGCGCCGUCUGCGGAAAGCGCUUCAGCCGCAGCAGCCACAUGUGGCGGCACGUGAUAAAGAUGUACGUCCUGCAUCCCGCCGUGUUAGCUGUGAACAUGUCCGGCGUGUCUUCAGCCCAGAAUCUCAGAGAGUUCAUCAGCGAGCGGCUGACUGCCGCCGCGGAGGAAAUCUUCUCGGUCUUCCAGAGAACCAUCGCCCAGUACGAGGAAGAGCUGGACCGCCAGCGCAGACUGCUGGACGGCGGCUGGAGACCGGACAGCGGCUUCCAGAGAGCAGACCUGCUGCGACAGUACCUGCGCAAGAAGCCGGAGAUUCCUGCCGCACCGCAGCUUUUGCACCAGCAGGGGGCGUCGGCGCUGACCCGACAGCAGCCAGAACCUCUGGAGUUUAAAGGACACGAGAGAGCAGAGAGUUUCCUCCUCAGAGCUGAGCGGAGGAGCCUGGAGGAGCCGCUGGUUCUGAAGCAGGAGGCGACUUACACAGACGGACGCCGCAGGGCUCCAGAACCGAAACACAAGUUUUCUCUGGAAGGAAGAGAGCAGACCAGAACCAGGAACCCGACCGGCAGCAGAGAGGGCGGCUCCACCUCAGAGAACCGAGACCAAACCCAGAAAUCAGAACUGACCUUCCAGCAGAAUGCAGAAACAGAUGCUCCACAGCGUUGUGUCUCCCUGGAGGCGGAGCCUCCUGCAGACCGGAAGGAGCAGCAGGAAGCAGAACCUCCACAGAUUAAAGAGGAGCAGGACGAGCAGCUGAUGCUGAAGGAGGAGAUCGACUCCUUCACCGUGACGUCGGCUUAUGAGGAAAGCGACGAAAGUGAAGCUGAAGGAAAAGCCAAGCAGAACGUUUUCCUCGGCUUCCAGGAGGGAAGCUGGGAGCGAGAGUCUGGAUCAGCAAGCAGCCCCCACCCGAUGCCACGUCCUAAACACAUGAGUUACAGUUACAACCUGAGCGCUGAGAGUCCGAGCAACGCCGGGACCAGCGACGGACCCUCAGGAUGUCAGCUCUGUGGGAAAAACUUUGGCAGCGACACAGAAUUAAAGGAACAUUUUAAAAUCCAUGUGGUGGAGAAGCCAUUUUCCUGCAAUGUGUGUGGAAAAGCUUUCAAAUACAACAUCAAGCUGCUGAUCCACAUGAGGACGCACACUGGGGAGAAACCAUUUUCCUGCGAAAUCUGCGGCAAAGGUUUCAGCCAGAAGGUCAAUCUGAACGUCCACAUGAGGACGCACACGGGUGAGAAGCCGUAUCUCUGCAAGACCUGCGGAAAGAGGUUCUCUGACCAGUCUGGCUUUAAACGCCACAUGACCAUCCACACGGGCGAGAGGCCCUACAUCUGCAAAACCUGCAACAAAGCCUUCAGGUACAGCGUCCACCUCAUGGUCCACAUGCGAACGCACACGGACGAGCGACCGUACUUCUGUAAAACCUGUGGCAGAACCUUCUCCGACCCGUCCACACUCCGAAAGCACACCAUGACCCACACAGGCGAGAGAUCCUACUCCUGCCAGACCUGCGGGAAGAGCUUCAGCGACAACAGCAACCUGCUGCGGCACAUGAGGACGCACACGGGUGAGAAGCCGUAUUCCUGCGAGAUCUGCGGCAAAAGCUUCAGUCAGAGCAGCAACUUGAUGCAGCACAUCCGCACCCACACGGGCGAGCGACCGUACCCCUGCGGCAUCUGCGACAAGAGCUACAGCCACAGCUGCACGCUGCUCAAACACAUGAGGAGCCAUUCGGGCGAGAAGCCGUACUCCUGCCAGCUCUGCGGCAGAUGUUUCAGUCACAAAUGUACGCUGCUGAAGCACAUGAAGAUCCACACAGACGGCGGCGCUACUGACAGGGUGUUAGCUGUGAACAUGUCCGGCGUGUCUUCAGCCCAGAAUCUCAGAGAGUUCAUCAGCGAGCGGCUGACUGCCGCCGCGGAGGAAAUCUUCUCGGUCUUCCAGAGAACCAUCGCCCAGUACGAGGAAGAGCUGGACCGCCAGCGCAGACUGCUGGACGGCGGCUGGAGACCGGAGGUUCGGCUGGACCGGACAGACCUUUCUCAGUAUUUCCUCCAGAAACAAGAGGAGAUUCCUGCUGAGCUGCAGACCAGAAACCAGAAGAUGGAUCCAAAUGUGGCCCAAACGGAACCAGAAGGUUCGGAGGCGAAAGAGAACCAGGAAGCACCAGAAACGUUCCAACUUAAAGAAGAACAAAAUGAACCAGGAGCUCCACAAGUUAAAGAGGAGCAUGAAGAGCUCUGCGCCAAUCUGGAGGAAGAGAACCUGGUUCUGAUGCCGAUGGUGGGCUCCUCUCAUGAAGAAGGUUUGAACACUGAGUCAGAACCGGACCAGAACCAGCUUCAGCCUGACAGCCAACCAGACAGACAAGAUCAGAAUGAAAACUGGACUAACGACUCUGGAUCAUCUGGAAAUGCAGAACUGAAGCUGAAAAAUGAUCAGAGCACAGCUGAUGAGACGUUGUCUCUGAAAUGUGACGUUUGUGGAAAAUUAUUCUCCAGAGCUUCUAAAUUACGUUCUCAUUCCAGAGUCCACUCUGGAGAGGAACCGUAUUCCUGUAAAGUCUGCAAGAGAACCUUCCGAUACAAGUAUAACAUGCUGAGCCACAUGAGGACGCACACGGACGAGAAACCAUAUUCCUGCAAAACCUGCGGCCGAAAUUUCCGCUUUCGAAGCAGCUUCAUGGUCCACAUGAGGACCCACACAGGGGAGAGGCCAUACUUCUGCCAGACCUGCGGAAAAAUGUUUCCCGAACUGCAAUCACUCAAGAAGCACACGAUGAUCCACACCGGCGAGAAACCGCAUUCCUGUAGAACCUGUGAGAAAGGCUUCAGCAGCCGCAGCCACCUGGUGCGCCACAUGCAGGUUCACUCUGCAGACCGGCCGUACCAAUGUCAGACCUGCGGGAAAGGCUACGGCUGCAGCAGCAAUUUCCGCAGGCACAUGAUGAGCCACACGGGUGAGAGACCGUUCGUCUGCACCACGUGCGGCGUGCGCUUCAUGCGCAGCAGCAACCUGAAACGGCACAUGAGGAACCACUCCGAAGACAGACCGCACUUCUGCAAAACCUGCGGUAAGACGUUCUCCCUGCGGUCGGCGCUGUCCAAGCACAUGCUGAUCCACACGAGCGCCAGGCCUCACGCGUGCAACACGUGUGGAAAACGAUUCAUAAAAACGUCUCAUCUGAGGCGCCACUUGAAGACUCACGUGGCUCCAAAGCAUCUUUCUGAAGGAACCAAUCAGUGACCAGCUCCUGCUGCGGCUGCCGACCCGAUUCACCUCAUCAGCUCUACAUGCUGGACUUCAACUAAAAGAGUUUCAGAGACAUUUUAUUUCAAACGUCAGGAUUUUCUGUGCCAACAUAAUGGAUGGAUGUUCUUACUAAAGAGACGCUUCAUCGUUUUUCUACAGUUUGAAAUGAUAAAAAAGGGAAGUUACUGGUUUAAAACUUCUGGUGGAAUCAGGAUUUUUUUUUUUGCCAAAUAAAUAGGAAAUUAUUUUGUCCUCAUCUCUUAUAUUUAGAUUGAAUAUGAAUUUUGUUUUAUAUGAAUUGUAAAUUCAACAAAAAAUGUAUUCUUAUUGUCAAAACUUUGAACAGUUUAAUACUUGAAUUCAUCCGUCAUUUAGCUCAGGGAGAAUGUGAUAAUACAUAAAACAUAGACAUAUUAAUAUGUCGAGAUGGAUGUUGAUGUAUAGAUGGACAAUAAAGUGAAUCAGCAUCACUGGGAA